AUGGUGGUCCCAUACAUGCUGGUGCUCCGUAAGGGACACGGUUAUCGUAUCCGAGAUUUACUGAAGUUCAAAGAAGAAGUGACCAAGGAGCGAGACCAGCUCUUGUCUGAAGUGGUGAAAUUACGAGAGUCCUUAGCUCAGACCACUGAACAGCAGCAGGAAACGGAGCGGUGCAGAGAAGAGGCAGAGCAGGCCAUCAGUCAGUUCCAGCAAGAAAUCCAGCAACGUCAGAAUGAAGCUUCACGAGAGUCUCGGAAGAAGGAAAAACUAGAGAAAGAACUCAAGCAGAUUCAGACGGACAUGGACACCAGGCAGACAGAAAUUAAGGCCCUCCAGCAAUAUGUGCAGAAAAGCAAGGAGGAGCUUCAGAAGCUGGAGCAGCAGCUGAAGGAGCAGAAGAUCUUGAAUGAAAGAGCAGCAAAGGAGCUGGAGCAGUUUCAGAUGAGAAAUUCAAAACUUCAGCAAGAGAACGAACAACACAGUCUGGUUUGUGAGCAGCUAUCCCAGGAAAACCAGCAGAAGUCUUUGGAGCUCAAAGCCAAAGAGGAAGAAGUCCAUCAGAUGCGGCUUGACAUUGGGAAGCUCAACAAAAUCAGAGAACAAAUCCAUAAGAAAUUGCACCAGAUUGAAGAUCAAAAGUCAGAAGUGGAACAGAACAAGGAAACUCUAAAAAAUCAGAUCUUGGGAUUAGAGAGAGAGGUGGAGGCUUCAAAGAAACAAGCAGAACUUGAUAAGAAAGCAAUGGAUGAGCUUCUGAGAGAAAGGGACAUAUUAAAUAAG